AUGGGGGACUUUGAUGGUGAGCAAAAAGAAUUGAUCAAGAAAUUGGCAAACUUUCGCAUGAUCGAUGGUAAAAGAACGAGAGUUCGUGCUAUUGUUUAUAAAACUUCUCACCGCCUAGCUCGAACUGAACGCGAUGUAAUAAAACUUAUGGUUGACGCCGUAGAUAAUAUAAAGCCAAUAUGCGAAGUGGUCAAAGUAGGAGUCGCAGGUACUAUUUAUGAUGUUCCUGGGAUUGUAGCCAGGGAUCGUCAACAAACCUUAGCUAUUCGUUGGAUCCUUGGAGCAGCUUUCAAACGACGUAUAAGCUACAGGAUAAGCUUAGAGAAAUGUUCAUUUGCUGAGAUACUGGAUGCUUACCGAAAGAGGGGAAUUUCACGUAAGAGAAGGGAGAAUCUUCAUGGACUGGCUUCCACCAAUCGGAGUUUCGCGCAUUUCAGAUGGUGGUAAAGUGAUACCACAUAA